AGCUGCUUUCGGACAACGUUACAGAUGCCCGUUCCCAUAACGACAGACAUAGAGCAGGGAGGAGCAAACAUAACUGACACUGAUCUCUAAUGUGGUGACCCAACCCUGUAUCUGUAUAGCUCUUGAUGAUUAAAUUAAACUUUGCAGAGCGUGCAGUGAAGUAAGACAAGAAACACCGGAUGACUGCAGACUAUAGAGACAGACAGACAGAGACAAACAGGAAGUAGGGAAACAGAUGAAACGGGUGUGAACAAGUGGAUGCAAAGGACAUAGAGACCUGCAGCCAUGACGAGCAGAAAAAAAUCAUUUUUUGAGUUUUGGAGGAGCAAGGAGGAGAGACGAGCGCUUUUGCAGAGAACUGAUAAGCUGAAGCUUUCUCCCUCACAGCUGAGUCGGUUGCUAGGUGACAGUGGAGUACGGGCAGAGCUGCAGAAUGCAAGGUUCGCACCUCUGCUGCCCCCUGUUGGUACAGAGGUCUUCAGACGCUUCACACCGGCCUCGCUGGAGGAGAUCAAAAAAGAGAGGAGGAAGGACAAAGAGGUAUCUGAGGAAGACCUGCUUAAACCAACCAGUGACCUGGAGGCCGGGAAGCCCCUCCCAUUCUUCUAUGGGGAUCCGCCCACCGAGCUUCUCAACACCCCAUUGGAGGAUCUGGACCCCUUCUACCAAUCACAGAAGACGUUCAUCGUGCUCAGUAAAGGAAACAUCAUCCACAGGUUUAACGCUGAUCCGUCCUGUUACCAGCUGAGUCCGUUCAGCCUGCUGAGGACCGGCGCCAUCAAGAUCCUCAUUCACUCUUUAUUCAGUUUGUUCAUCAUGUUGACGGUUUUGAUCAACUGUGCGAUGAUGAUGAUGGCUGUUUCUCCAGAGUGGAGCGAGAUUGCUGAAUACGUGUUUAUAGCCAUCUACGUGUUUGAAGCCAUCAUCAAAAUUGUGGCCAGAGGCUUCUGUGUGGGGAAUUUCACCUUCCUCAGAGAUCCAUGGAACAGUCUGGACGUCGUCAUCAUCAUCACAGCAUGUCUGACAGUGUUUGUUGAUUUGGGAAGCAUUUCUGUGCUAAGAUUCCUGAAGAUCAUGGCAAUCACCCCCGGUUUGAGGACGACUGUCGGCACUCUUGUCCAAUCAGUGAAGAGGCUGGCUAAUGUCAUCAUCGUGACAGUGUUCUUCCUCAGCGUCUUUGCUGCGAUUGGUCUGCAGUUAUUCAUGGGAAACCUGAGGCAGAAAUGUGUCAUUAACCUGUUUGGCAACAUGAGCACUAACGGUUCUGAUUUCCAGGAGUUCACCAACAAUCCUGAGUACCAGUACUUCGAGCCUAAUCAUUAUGAUGCUCUUCUAUGUGGAAACAGCUCUUUUAGCAGGUCCUGUCCAGAGGGUUUCACCUGUCUGAAGGCAGGAAGAAACCCAAAUUAUGGAUUCACCAACUAUGACUCAUUUAGUUGGGCCUUCCUGGCUAUGUUUAGACUGAUGACCCAGGACUACUGGGAGGACCUCGCCCAUCAGAUUAUGGCUGUAGGAGGUAAAAUCUACUUGAUCUAUUUGGUGGUCGUCCUCUUCCUUGGCUCCUUCUACCUGCUCAGCCUCUUUAUGGCGACGAUUGCCAUGGCGACGGCUGAGCAUAGUGAGGCCAGUGUCGCCGAGGCCAAGCGGAGAGAAGAAGAGAUUACUGAGAUCCUGCAGGCGCUGAAGAAGUGUGAGGAGGAUGAGAGUGAGGUCUCUGACAAAAAAGAUUCUCCACCACAGAGGAAAAAUUCGGCUGCAGAAAUAAAGAACCACAAGCAAGAACACGCUGCUAUAGAAGGGUUUAAAGAGGAACACAGGUCGUGUCCUCCAUGUUGUUUUUCCUUUGUCGAUCACUUCCUGAAGUGGAACUGUUGUGGCUGUUGGCGGUGGCUCAAACAGCGGCUCUACACCUUCGUCAUGGACCCGUUUUUUGACCUUGGUAUCAUCAUCUGCCUCAUCAUCAACAUCAUCUUCUUGUCCAUGGAGCAUUACCCGAUGAUGGUGGAGUUUUAUCACGUGCUGAGCAUCGGACAUCUGGUCUUCACAGCGAUCUUCACUGUUGAGAUGAUCCUCAAAAUUAUUGCCUUGGAUCCGUACGGUUACUUCCAGGUGGGCUGGAACAUCUUUGACAGCAUCAUCGUCAUUGUGAGUCUGGCGGAGCUGAUAUUGGUUGACGUUGCGGGUCUUUAUAUGCUGUGCUCCGUCAUAUUGAUGCGAGUGAUACGACUGGCCAAGUGGUGGCCGAGCUUCAACAUGUUGCUGCGGAUCAUGAGGAACUCAGUGGGGGCUCUGAGGAACCUGACUCUGGUUCUUGUCAUCAUGGUCGUCUUCUUCUCCGUGGCCGGCAUGCAGCUGUUCAGGAGGAGCUACACUGAUUGCGUCUGCCGCAUCUCUACUGACUGCAGUCUUCCUCGCUGGCACAUGGCAGACCUCUUCCACGCCUUCCUCGUUGUCUUCAGGAUCCUGUGUGGAGAGUGGAUCGAGACCAUGUGGGACUGCAUGGAGGUCUCAGGUCAGACCACGUGUCUGAUCUUCUUCAUCAUGGUCCUGGUCAUUGGAAAGCUUUUGGUCCUGAGUCUGUUCAUGGCCUUGUUGCUAGCUAAUGUGGCAGCUCCAGACAAAGAAGAAGGAGGAAAUAAACAACGGGUCAUCAUAAACCGCAUCAGGAGGGCUCUGAACUGUGGCCACGGCACGGAAAGGACCGGACCUGAAAAGGUUAAGAACGAGGAAGACAACAAGAAGGAGUACCUGGCUUUGACCUUGGUGACCUCAGACCAGCCGGUGUCAGAGUGUGACGAUGUGCCGAAAGUUCAGAAGAAGAAAGACAAUAAAAAUCAUGAUGGAAAUACACCUGAGAACUGCUGCUGUGACAAGUGUUACCAAUGCUGUUCGUUCCUGGACAUAGACACGUCCCGGGGCAAAUGGAGGGUCUGGACUAACUUCAGGAGAUGCUGUCUAUCCAUCGUAGAACACAGUUUCUUUGAGGCGUUCAUCAUCGUCAUCGUUCUGCUGAGCUGUAUAGCUCUGGUGUACAACAACAUCCUUCUGGAGAACCAUCAGGUCAUGAAGGUGGUGCUGAACUACGCAGAAUUAGUGUUCGCCUGUGUGUUCGUGGUGGAGAUGAUUCUCAAGAUGGUCGCCUUCGGAUUCAAGAGAUACUUCACCAACAAAUGGUGCUGGGUCGAGUUCGCUGUUGUAAUCGUGUCCCUGAUAUCUGUGACAAGCAGCAUGCUGGGAUACGCCAGCCUGACAUCCAUCAAGUGUGUGAGGGCUCUGAGGACCGUGUCAUUCUUCGCGGGCACGAGGGUGGUGGUGGACGUCCUGCUCUCCAUCAUCCCGUCCCUCCUUGACAUGCUGUUGGUCGUUCUGGUCGCCUGGUUGAUCUUCAGCAUCCUUGGAGUGAAUCUGUUUGCAGGAAAGUUUUAUUACUGUUAUAAUGAGACAUCUGAGGAGAUAAUCCCCCCUGAGUGGAUUAACAACUACACUGAGUGCUAUAUGUUGAUAGAGGAAGGCUACACUGAGCUCAGAUGGAGGAACCAAGUGUUUAACUAUGACAACGUGAACGCCGGAUAUCUGUCGCUGCUACAGGUUACAUUUAAAGGCGCUAUGGACAUCAUGUACGCAGCUGUGGACUCCACAGAGGUGGAAUCUCAGCCAGGGUACGAAAAAAACCUGUACAUGUACCUGUACUUCAUCGGCUUCAUCAUUACCUCCUUCUUCGUCUUCAACUUCUUCAUCAGAGGCUUCAUCAACACGAUCAACCAGCUGAGACACAAGUUUGGAGGGAAACAUGUUUUCUUAACGGAGGGACAGAAGAACCUUUACAGGAUCAAGAAAAAACGAUUUUUCAACAACAAACCUCAGACACCUGUUCCACGACCUCAGAAUAAGGUCCAGGCUUGCGUCUUCGACCUGGUGAUCAGACCUUGUUUCGAGAUCUUCAUGUUUGUGAUAAUCUGCAUCAGCGUGGUGGCUCUGAUGGUGGAGACCGACGACCAGAACAUGGAGAAACCGUUGAUCCUGUAUUGGAUCCAGUUCAUCUUGAUCGUAAUCUUCACCAUAGAGAGCAUUCUGAAGAUCAUCGCUUUCGGGCGGCGCUACUUCAAAGACGCCUGGAACAUCUUGGACUUUGUGCUCGUCAUCGGGUCCAUCGUAGGCCUCUUCUUAGCUGACGCCAUGGAACAUUAUUUGGGAACACCCGCUCUGUUUUCUGUGAUCCGAUUGGUUCGUGUCUUGCGUAUCCUCCCUCUCAUCCCUGGAACUGAGGGGAUCCGGUCGCUGUUCGGGGCUCUGGUGAUGGCACUUCCUGCCCUCUUCAACAUUGGCCUCCUCCUCUUCAUCAUCAUGUUCACCUUCUCCGUCUUCGGCAUGUCAAACUUCGCCUACGUGAAGAAGGCGGCCAUGAUAGACGACCUGAUUAACUUUGAGAUGAUUUGGAGCAGCAUGACGUGUAUGUUCAUCAUCACCACGGGGACUGGAUGGGGCGGUCUGCUCUAUCCCAUCAUGGUCAGGCCUCCAGACUGCGACCCAGGUAUCGAAAACCCGGGAACCUCGGUCAGAGGUAACUGUGGCAAUCCGACGCUGGGGGUCGUCUUCUUCAGCUCCUACACCGCCAUCUCCUUGCUGCUGGUGGUCAGCAUGUACAUCGCCAUCAUCCUGGAGAUCUUUGACAUGAACGCAGAGGACAGCAGCGAGCCUCUGAGUGAGGACGACCUCCAGAUGUUUUAUAACACCUGGAAGACGUUCGACCCCGAUGAUUCACAGUGCAUACAGUACAGUAAGCUGUCAGAGUUCUGCGACACUCUGAAGGAUCCUCUGAGGAUUCCCAAACCAAACACCAUGAAACUGAUCCACAUGGAUCUGCCUCUGCUCCCUGGAGACAAGAUCUACUACCUGGACAUCCUGCCAGCCCUCACAGCCCAGGUGUUUGGUGAUUCAGGACAGGUGGACGCUCUCAAAGCCAACAUGGAGGAAAAGUUCAAGGCCAAAAACACGUCCCAGGUGUCGUAUGAACCCAUCAGCAGCACCCUGCGCAGGAAACGGGAAGAGGUGGCGGCGGCGGUCAUCCAGAGAGCGUACAGGAAAUGGAGGCUGGCGACCAGAGAAGGGACAGAGGGACAAAUCAGUCAGCUGAACGGAGACGGCAAAGAGACGGAGAUCGAGCCCGCCAGAUGAGAACCUGAGGGAGUCUAUCUUCUGAUGUCUAACAUGUUUCACUCUCCUGUUUCCUCCUCGCCUGACUCACCUGUCUGUCGCUUCAGCGAUCGGACAGAUAACUGAUCGAUGGAUUGAUCCUAAACAUCAAUGACUCUGACGAUUCAUACAGUACAGGUAGUCCAGAGUCUGUUUACACUGAUCACCUCAUAGCUCUGUAUACCUUCUUAAAAUAUCCACAGAUACAUAUCAGUGCACAUAUUGCAGAGUAGUAGUAGUAGGGCAACAGCCAAUCAUGUUUCAGUCUUUCAUGUAAUCUUUGGUAAUAACUGCGCACUCAGACUUUUGUUCCCUGACUUCAGUCUUUAAGGCAGACAUAAGUAGCCCUGUAAAACAACACCAAGUCUGUGGAGAAGCGCUGUCUGGAGGAGUUUUCCCUCCAUAACGCGCUCCAUAACUUCAUGAGGAGAUGGAACAGACAGUAGUGUGCUGAUGCGGCACACGCAAAUACAAAUAUGAACACCAACACACAUUUAAACUCUGUCAACAAGAAAAAACUCGCUGACGACGAUGACGACAGUUACUAUGCUAUGCUUAAUGCUAACAUGCUGAUGUUUUAGCAGGUAUAAUGUUUACCAUGUUCACUGUGUUGUACAGCUGAGGCUGAUGGGAAUGUCAUUAAUCUUGCAAGUGUAUUUGAUCAUAAACCAAAGUAUCGGAUAAAAUGAAAUGUCGACCAGAUGAUGGCGACGGAUGAAAUGUCAGAGGAUCAAAGUUAUUACAGUUCAUCUUGAGGGGAACAUGAAUGUUUCUACAGAAUUUCAUGACAAUCAAAUGACUCUGAUAUAGAUCCAGAAUAUAAAAUCAUUACAAAGACAUACAGAUCAAACUGAAACAUGUUUGUACAUCUUUGACACCUGAACAAACCAUUUAUAUACCCUUUUUAUCAAAAUAUUUUGUUUCUCCUCCAAAUAUUUCAACUUUGUAUCAAAAUCUGUAGACUUAACUCAAAAUUUUACAACUUUAUUCUCUGAAUAUCACCACGUUUCUUAUUAUCUUUUUAAAAUUUGAAAUAUUACAACUUUAUUUGACUUUAUUCUCAAAAACUAUUUUUCUUCCUGACAGUUGCUCUAAUACUACUUUUGGAAGAAAAUACUCAAGCUGUCAUUUAUCUUUCUUUUUUCAUCAUUUUAUCAGAUACAAUUUGAUUUAACCAUCAGUGUCAAUUAAUCUGUUUAUAUCCACUAAAAAUACUCAACUUUAUAAAUAUCCAUUGGUCCCAGUCAACUAACCAGUUCAUCCUGAUUAAGUUACCUAUGCAAGUAGUGAGAGAUGACCUGUGUGUCUCCCGGUAAUGUUUAAAUAUGCUUAAAGUCAAGCCAUGUGUUAAUAUGAACACGAGUCACACAAACAUGCUGCAGCCUCCAGUCAGACUGGGAAUAUGUUAACUACAAUCUAACAUCACUAACCUUUAACAUGUCUAUUGAACUGAUUGAUUGAUUAUUAACAACAUGUACCUACGAUGUAAAACAUGUAUUUUAACCAAAACAUUCCUUAGAUACAAAAGAUGCUUACUGUGUAAAUUCUGUUGUCUGUCUGUGAUUUUAAACCUUCAGAGUAUUACGAUUUACAUUUUUGUUACUGCUAAACGUGCAGAUUUGUUGUUUCACGGCAACUCUGCUCACCUUGAGGAUAACUUCUCAGCAGCUAUGAGUUUAGACAAAAGUGGUGAAACAGAGUUUAUGUAUGUAAGACGUUGAAAGAAGAAGUAGCAGUUAUGUAACCUUGUGUGUGUGUUUUCAUGUUUAUUUCACACCACUCUGCCAAAACCUCCUACCACCACUGUGUUAUUAUAAUUACUACUUUUUCUUUUUUUUAUGGUACUAUAUACAGUGUAUAUAUAUAUACAUAUACAAUCAUAUGCACUGUAAUUAUGAUGCUGUAAUGUUUUGCUGUAUUCCCUUUAUAUCUGAAAUAAAUACAUUUCUAUAGA